GUUUUCUGUUUUCUUUAUCUCUAUGACCAUCGAGGUGUGCCCCGUAUGCGUAGUGAUCACCACCCCAGUGCAUCAAUAUACCUAAAAGUUGCCCUUCCCUUGUGAGCUCUUCAAUUCGAAAUUUUUUGAUCAUCAUGUUUUCUGCUCAAGAUCCAUAUCCUCGAAGUGCGGCCUCUUACGGCCCGCAACGCUUCACAGCAAACAUAGCGACUUCAUCCUUUGUAGGCUCGUCACCUUAUGGCUAUGGCAGUUACACUCCAUCUUAUGAUAAUUCGUUUUCGCGUCCACGCUGGUCUUCAUACUAUGUCUCUGAUUUUGUAGACAAGAACCAACAUGAUGACGUUAGUGCUGCUUUUGCACCCUAUUGUGCUUACUCGCGAUCAGGGUCACGAGCUAGUAGGUCCCUCCCCUACGAAAAAGUCGGACAAGCUGGACAAGCUCCUGCACCUUACUACCGACAACAAUCUUUUUUAGCGUCCCCUGGGUCUGCCUAUCAUGGCGCGGAGCGUACCAAUUGGGUCGUACUCACCGGCUGUCCACCUAACGCGUGGCCGCUUGCUCUGCGGUAUUUCCAGCAAAUGGUCCGAAGUCCAGUCAUUGAAACGCGUCGUGGCGUUUACCUAGACGAGUUAAUGGUCCGUGUGGCUGACCAGAGCGGCGUAGCCGAUGCUUUAGGGCUGAAUCGGAUGAGAAAUAAAGACAGCGGCGGCCAGUGCCAUGUAGAGCUGUGGUUCCAUGUGCGUGUCGCUCAGAAUCCCCACGAUUGGGGUGGUUCUAAUCAGGAAUUGCCGCAUGUAUCGAGUGCUGCAGGUGUGGGCAAUGUUGGAAUGACCAACGACAUGUCGAACGUAAGCAACUUUGCACAGUUUUCCUCGCCUUACUACAGAGGGGCAGCCGGAAGAAGCGUUGGAGGAUCAACAUCAGGUGGUACCAUCAUCGGUGGCGGGACAAGUGGUGUCUACUUUUCUCACGACUUCUACGGGAGGACAACAUCUUCCGCACUUCCAGUUUUUGCACAAUACACUCCCUCGUAUCGACGCAGUCGGAUAAGCUGUGCAGUUGAUGCUUUUUUGAGCUGGUUCUUCAACUAGCCUUGAAGAUGAUAGCCGCAUGCGUACCAGCAGGAUUUUUUACUCUUUGUGAUCAUACACUCCGGAUUCCUUGUUCUUGUAUCCUCUCGCUUCCAUAAUAUGAAAUUA